AUAUAUAUAUAUAUAUAUAUAAAGGCGGCUCGAUAAAGUUGUAAUGAAAAGUUUCCCUGCGCUUGUGCGCGGGGAUCUGGCUUGGGGACCCUCGAAGAGCUGCUGCUGUGUGUAGUUCUUGUAGCGCCCGGACACAAAGCCCAGACUCUGGCCUGGACUAGCUGGUGGUAACUUGGCCAGGGAGCCGCUGUUGCACCUACACUCAUCAAUCGCAGCAGCAGUGUUUUACUUUCGCCGUAGGUUAUUCAAACUGACCUUAAAACUAAUGCACGUAGCAUAAAGUAAUGUAAAGCCCACGCAUAAGGGCCACUCCGGAGGUACAUUGUACCUUUACCUGGAUAUUAUGGGUUUUCUUUGCAAGCUGGCAGUAAAGCUCCGAACAAGUUUGUAGCUGAGCUGUAUAGAAGUUUAUUUGAUGAAGUCAGAAACAAAAUAGCCAAUAAUCCUUGUGAGCUGGGGUGGAAUACCUUGUGUAUUUUGGCGGUGGUUCCUUGUGAGAGGGGAAGGUGUCAAAGGUGUUAUGCCAUCAAGUUCUGAAGUUCUGGCUGGAGUGGUAGGCGAAAGCAGGACUGAAGAUUGGAAGAGCAGCCAUUACAUAAGAAUGUCUUCCAAGCAAGCUCCCUCUCCAUUUGCUCCAGAUGCUAAUGGAGAGGAAGCAAUGAUUCAAGAAUUAGCUUCACGGAACCAGGAAGAUGGCAUUGAUCAUCACUUGACCUCCCAUCUCCCUCUGCACUCGUUAAUGCACAACAAACCUCAGCCUGAGGAGCUAUCAUCCAUUGUCACCAACAUUCCAUCAGAUGCUGACUGGGAAAGCAUAAUUUCUGCCCAGCAUAGAAUGGAAUCAGAUAGCAAUAAGUUAUGUUCCUUGUACUCUUUCCGCAAUAAUUCUACCUCUCCUCAUAAGCUAGAUGAUGGUAGCCGAGAACGCAGUGAGCUACUAAGUGGUGCAACAUUUGGAACUCCUGAGCGACGCAAAGGAAGCCUUGCUGAUGUGGUUGACACGUUGAAGCAAAAAAAAUUAGAAGAGAUGACAAAGUCUGAACCAGAUGAUUCAUCUUGCAUGGAAAAGAUACUUUCUAAAGACUGGAAGGAAAAAAUGGAGAGACUAAAUACAACUGAACUUCUAGGUGAAAUAAAAGGUACACCAGAAAGUUUGGCAGAGAAAGAAGAGCAGCUCUCUACUAUGAUUACACAACUAAUAAGUUUACGGGAGCAACUUCUUGCUGCACAUGACGAACAAAAGAAGUUGGCAGCUUCCCAGAUUGAAAAACAAAGACAACAAAUGGAACUUGCAAGACAACAACAGGAGCAGAUUGCCAGACAACAGCAGCAACUCCUGCAACAGCAGCAUAAAAUCAACGUAUUACAGCAGCAAAUCCAGCAGGUUCAGGGCCACAUGCCUCCACUCAUGAUCCCCAUUUUUCCACAUGACCAGCGUACAUUGGCAGCAGCUGCAGUGGCUCAGCAGGGAUUCCUUUUUCCACCAGGAAUAUCAUAUAAACCAGGUGAUAACUAUCCUAUGCAGUUCAUUCCAUCGACAAUGGCAGCUGCCACGUCUGGACUCAGCUCUUUGCAGCUUCAGCAAUUGUAUGCAGCUCAGCUGGCCAGCAUGCAGGUGUCACCAGGUACCAAGAUGCCAGUUACACAACAUCAGCCUUCAAAUGCAACAGCUACACACUCACCCACAGGACUGAAAAGUGAAAAACGAAGCAACAGUCCAAUAUCAGCAGUUAAGGAUGAAGUGACUCAGCCAUUGAAUCUGUCAGCACGGCCAAAGACUGCUGAACCAAUAAGGUCCCCUACGUCACCAACACAAAGCUUUUUUCCAGCUAGUAAAACAAGUCCAGUGAGCCUACCGAAUAAAAGCGGCAUCCCUAGUCCAAUUGGAGGGUCAUUAAACAGAGGAUCCUCUUUAGAUAUCCUCUCUAGUUUGAACUCAUCAGCUCUGUUUGGGGACCAGGAUGCGGUGAUGAAAGCAAUUCAGGAGGCAAGAAAGAUGAGAGAACAGUUCCACCGGGAACAACUGCAACAUCAACAGCAGCAGCAGCAACAACAUGCUACCGAAGGGAAGCUACCUUCAUUAAGCAACAUGGGACUUGGCAGCUGCAGAAAUGACAAGGAAAGGACACGCUAUGACAGCCUAGUACCUCAGCUGACUGGGAAAGCAGGAGAAGAUGGAAAGGUGGGUCCUGGAGUUAUUGACUUGACAAGACCAGAAGAUGCAGAUGGCAAUAAAGCAAUGAAUGGGUCUGCAGCUAAAUUACAGCAAUAUUACUGCUGGCCUACAGGAAGUGCCAGUGUGGCUGAAGCUCGGGUCUACAGGGAAUCUCGAGGGCGAAACAAUACUGAGCCACAUAUCAAGCGACCAAUGAAUGCAUUCAUGGUUUGGGCAAAGGAUGAACGCAGAAAAAUUCUCCAGGCCUUUCCUGACAUGCACAACUCAAAUAUCAGCAAAAUCUUAGGUUCUCGAUGGAAAGCUAUGUCAAAUCAAGAGAAGCAACCAUACUAUGAAGAACAAGCACGACUUAGUAAAAUACAUCUAGAGAAGUACCCUAAUUAUAAAUAUAAACCCCGACCAAAACGUACCUGCAUUGUUGAUGGAAAGAAAUUACGUAUUGGCGAGUAUAAGCAGCUGAUGAGGUCAAGAAGACAGGAAAUGAGACAAUUCUUCACAGUAGGACAGCAGCCACAGAUGCCAAUCACCACAGCAACAGGUGUAGUUUAUCCUGGAAGCCUCAGUAUGGCAACAACCACACCCUCACCUCAUAUGACAUCUGACUGCUCUAGCACCUCUGGUAGCCCUGAACCCGGUAUGCCAGUUAUUCAGAGCACUUAUGACUUGAAGACGGACAGUAGCAGUAUUGUUGGCAAUGACAUGAUGAAUGGAGAAGAUGACAUGGAAAUGUAUGAUGAUUAUGAAGAUGAUCCUAAGUCAGACUAUAGCAGUGACAAUGAAAAUCAAGAAGUAGUUGGUGCCAAUUAAGAAUAACGGCAAUUGAACUAUGGCCAUUUUCGAAAACAAAGGGGAAAAAAACAUUCUUAAUGAGCCUGCAUGCAUAUGUGGCUCCCACAGAUACAUCAGCAAAAUUGGUCUUAAAAGUUUUAUAAUAUUUAAACAUUUUUAUGGAUGUUUAUUUUUGUUUUUCAUAAACAUUUUUUUUGGUUAAGGCCAAUAAAGAGUUGGCACAUCUGGACUUGAAAGGAUAUAUAAAUUCAGAAGAAUUUUACUGUCUUAACUUUUCUGUGUUUCUUCUCCUCUCCUUCUUUGUCUUCUUAGUUUGGAUGCUGUCAGAGGGUUAUGUUACAGUUUUCAAAAGGGGUUAUGCAUUCUCUCUCUCAGGUAUGCUGUGCCGGCCAACAGGUUGUGAAUGUGUGUUAAUCUGAAUUAUUUAAAACAAUGGAAAAAAAAUCAAGUUUGCAGAUGUGCUUAAGCACUGACAUUGUUUAUAUUAUUGAGUUCUGCUCUUUCUCCUUAUAGUGUAUUUGAUCUUCUGAUGUGCCAAAAGUUUCUUAAAUUUUCUUUUAACAUGUCUUAUAAAAGACACUACAAAGUCUUAGACAAUCUUUUGACAUCUUAAUGAAACCAUGCUUAUAGAUUUUUUUUUCUGCAAGUGAUGGCAAAGUACUCAGGAAACUGGAGAUGGGAUGCUGUUAAGUGGCAGAUUUGAUUGCCAUAUUGCAUGAACCCAAAAGCUUUUGCCAUUCAAUGAGCCAUUGUGUGUUAAAUUCAGAGCAAGCUCAACAGAAUGAUCACUAGUUAUGGACAAAAACAGGGCUAGGCAAUUAGAGCCUACCACAAACAGCACCUCAAAACUCUUUAAGGACUCUUGCAUUCAGUGCUAAUAGGUAUGCUCUUAAAUUAUUGAUGCAUUCCAGAAUGUCAAGGGGCCAAAUUCAUCUGUACCGCUGAUGAAGUUUGAGAGUGAAGAAAGAAAGAAAGCUGGCAGCAUAUUUGCAGUCAUUUACAAGUCUUAUUUACUAUACAUUUCACCCUGUAUAUCAGGUUCUGAAUGUGAAGGCAGUUCUGCCUACAGCAGUGAAGUUUAUACAAUAUUGGAAUGCCUUAUAUGAAAGACCCUCAUGACAGUAUUUAUUUCAUAUGAAAUAAGAAUCUAAUAAUUAAUAAAACAAUGACACUGCAUUUCAGCUGCCUGCAUUUGUGUGAAACAGUUAUAAAACAGCUAGCUACUAAAACAUCCUUCAUUUAUUCUAUUUUGCUAGUAACAGUGCAAUUUGAACAAUGAGCAUCUCAUAUAGGAUAUAAGUACUGAGGUGAUCGCUAUUGUAAUAUUUAUUUUACAUAACGAACAAGAUUAAUGUUUUUCAUUUAGUUUCUGUAAACAUAUUCAUUACAUUAGAGUAACAUAUAUAUAUAUAUAUAUAUAUAUAUAUAUAUAUAUAUAUAUAUAU